UACUCGACGUGUUCAUACCUAUGUCCACGCCGGGCGACAAAGCACACAGAAGCACUUCCGCCGUCAUUGUAUCACUCCGCCGUGAUCUACGUGAUCAGCCGUAUGAACACAGACACGUUGGCCUUUGUCUUGUCUAUGGUGCGAGUACACGGGUAUGUAUAACGAAAUAGAUCGGGUGGGCCUUGCCAACCUGGUAUUGAGACCUCCUGUACGGGUGGAAGAGAAGUCGUGCCUGGAGUGUCAGAAAGAAAAAAAAAGUACCUAGUGCAGGACUAAGGGGAGUCAAAAUGUUUGACUGUUACCUAAAGUAGGAACUGUGUUUACUGGGGCUGCCACGCACUUUGAUAGCCAUGGACACGAACUGUGAGAGUUAUUGGCCGACAUGGAGGUGACAGUCGAGGCUAUACAGUCCAGACCGGGUACCUUGUGGCUCCGACUCUGUCACGGACUUUAUAUAUCCCUCCUUCGCUCGCCAGUGUUGCCAUGGACUACAGCACAAGCAAGGUCCCGACUGUUCAUCGCGCCACCUGACGAGAGUCUGACACGCUACCUAGAGUAAAAUCCUUCCAUCCACCCGUCAUGUCCUUCACCCUCUUUGUCAUUCUCCCGAGCGAGGACGUCUGCACCCUGCGCGGCCUUCGGUCAGGUACUUCCAUUCGAGCCGUGCGCAAAAGACUAGAACUGGAGACGGGGUUACCUGCGCAGACGUACCGCCUGACCUGCGCAGAAGGUCAGGUGCUGCACGAGGAACACGUUCUCGCACUGGACGUCAACGUGUGGGAGGGUUUCGUGGUCCGGGUGCGGCUGCUGGACAGCUGGCAGGACCUACACGACCAAAUCGUCGCCGGUGAUGUCCAGAGGGUCGUCCAGCACGGCGCCGUGCAUCUGCGCAAAGAGGCUGUGCCCUUUGACUCGGAAGAGGCCAGCAAGGUCAGAGACAUCGUCGCAGAGAGAGGCACGGUGGCUCUCUUCAUCGCCAGUUUCCUUGGGCAGCAAGAGAUGUGCAAAGCGUUGUUGUCUGUUGGAGUAAACCCCAACGGCAAAACGCUGUACGGUAGGACGUCGUUGUUUGCUGCCAUAUCAUGUGACAAUGAUCACGUGAUGGAGAUCCUUCUAGCACACGGUGCUGACCUGGAGGUACAAGAUGUGGAUGGCGUGUCUGGAGCGGAGUUGGCUCGCCGCGUGCCGGCUAAGCUGUGCCUGAGAAAAAUUCCGUCAACGUCGGCAACAGUCCAAGGGAAACGACACCCGGCUGCGUCUUCUGCACCCGCCAGACCCACCUCAAGGGCCACGUCAAGGCGGGAGAAAGGUACAAGCGGAAGCAGCAACAACUCUGCGGAUUCACCUUGCACACCUAGUCGCCUUCGAGCCAACAUGUCGUCAAAGCUCUCUCAGGACAGUGAAGUGUUCGUGUGGAACGACAACGCAACUGGAACGAGUGACGCAGCUGUGGGCAGUCUCCAUGGAGAUUCCGAUGACGAUGGGGGACGAGUGAUGUCCCGAGGAGGAACGGUUCGCUUCUCGGGCAGACAGCGGAGGUCAAACAGCGUCCCCUGGGUCGCCCUCAGACGGCAGCACCUGAUUCUUUACGGCCGUCAUCAGACUCGUCCUCUCAGAAACUUGGUUCAGCUGGGCGGAAGUGUAGGUGAAGACGAUUCCAGACCAGACCCUAGCACCUACAUGUCGGCCUACAAGGAUUGGCAAGAAAAGCGAGACAGUUCCAACACCAAAGACAAGCUUUCAGUUGCUGACAUCAAGGACGCCAAGCGCCGUUUGGAGGAGAAGCGGCAGCAGUUGCUAGCCAUGGCGCUGACGUACGAGGAGUGGCUGCAGCACACGGAGGAGAGGAAGCAACUGAUGCACGCCAUCCUGCGGGCCGACCUGCAGCAGCUGGCCGACAUCGAGCAUCGCAACUUCCGCACGCACCGAGCGCCGCGACAAAUCUCCUUCACCCAGUGGCGCCACAAGGUCGACAGGCGGGAAGCGGAAAUGCGCUCACAUACACAGCGCAUGCGCAGACCGCAGCCCGAGCCCCCGACGGUUCGCAGCAGCGCCGCCGUGCCGCACGAGGAGUGGGUGAAGAGGAAGAAAGAGGAAGCCAGGAGAGAGAGUGUUGCGGCGAGGACCAAGUCGGAGGAGGAGGAGAAAGGACUUGCCACGUCAUCGAGGAGGAGUGAGAAAGAGGCGGCGUGGGAAGCUUGGCUGCAGCAGAAACACCGGCAGGAGCUGCUGCAGCUGAGUCAACCUCUGCAUCCUCAACGGCAGCUGGGGUUGGUCAUGCGCCCCAAAAAGACACCGACCAUCACCCAGUGUUGACGUUCUCAGAGACCGGAACUGGUCUCAUAUUCUUCUGCACCACUAGGUUCCUGAACUCGAAACCUUUUGCCACAAGAAGGGUAUCAAUCAGACUACAAUUUUAACAAAAAUGUAUAAAUAGCAUAAGAAAACGUUUUCGAGAUCCAAUUCUACUAAUUAUCUAGAUUACAUUACAACUAUCAUUUACCCUUUUUUUUUCACUCAAAUAUGUUUGAAGCCCACACGCAUAAAGUGUCAAGUCGUCAGACAAAAGUCAAAUUCAUUUAUUUCUUAAUCUUUGUACAAUGAAACAUGGCUGGAAAAAAAAUGUCACAAAAGGCAGACAAAGUGAAACUCCAUAAAACCAACGGACAGAGCGAAAAUAUCUUCACUUGCUCAACCAACAUUUGAAGUCAAACUCACGGUACAUUGCUGUUCAUUCUUUCACUCAAGCACUGUGGACGUUCAGCUUUCGUGGACAUAACAUGCGAGAGGCUAGUGAUGUCUGUCUUAAAGUACCUAAGCGACUUCUAUGUAUGUGUGUAUGUGUGCGCGUGCGUGAAAAGAGAGGAAAAAAGGAAGAGUUUAUGCAUGUAUUUUCAUCUGCUACGAAGUCCAAUCAAAAUACUGAUACAAAUACUACAAUGAACAAAUUGUACUGUUCUACUCUGUGUGUGCAUGUGAGAGAGAGAGAGAAAAUGGAGAAAGAGAACGAGGAUGAAGAAACGUAAAGGUAGACAGAAAAAUUGCCACAGACCAUGUUUCUGAGGGAAAGAAAGAUGCGACUUUAUUAGAGACCCGAUUUCGUUGUGUGUAUAGGUUACACAAAUUUUCACUAGCUGGGCUAUCCCUCCACACACAAAAAUGUCCCCGAAAAACCAUUAAAACAGCUGCUUUUUCAAUCAAAGCCAGAUAUCCAUCAACAAGCCCAAAGAAGUCAUGUAAAUUUAAACAAAAGUGACGCUGAAAGUUAGUUUAUCAUACGCUACAAUCGUAUGUCUUAAUUUACUACCAUUCCACUACGAAGUCGCAUAAAUUCAAAACAAAACUUGUUCUAAAAAUGCAACAAUUGAAGAAAUAUUUUGAAACAGUUAACAAUGGAAUAAUGACGCUAGUUAUGCAUAUCAAAAUAUUUUUCUCCAGCUGUUCCAAAGAAACCAUGGAGGAAAAAAAAAAAAAA